UCUCCAGCUGUUUAAGUUGCAGCAUUCGCGGGAACCAGCGGGAACAGAGGCUGCGAAUUAAGGCGCUCAAACAACUGCGAUUUUCCGCCAAAUUUUGACUAAGGUCAAUAAUUAUGAAAUUAUGCUAUGGAAGGUGUAUCUAAUACUCAAGAUUGGACUGAAGUUCACAGUCCUUUAAGGGAUACAAAUUCUCAAGUUAUUCCUGAAACUCCGACAAAAGCGCCGCAAGCUGAGGAAAACCAGUCGGACGUUCUCAGGUUGCUGCCUGAGUUUGAGAUUUUGCUUAGAGCUCCUGUCCCAACUUCAGAACAAGAGAGGACGGCGACCAACGACACGAGUGUUGUAAAAAAUCUGAAUAUGUUGUUCAGUCAGGCCAAUUCCUCAAUCAACAAAAGCUCAGCAAAGAGCAAGAAAUCUAAUCCAAGCAGUAAAACAACUAAAGGCAAAAGAAGCAAAUCAAGCAUAGGGCAUGCCAUAAAAAGGCCAAAAGUGGCGUCUUCCAAUGUUGAAAUAAGUGAUAGUUUGAAGGAGAUAUUGGCCAAGAAGAAGGCAUUCUCAAUCAGCACAACUGCAGACAAAGAAGUUGUGCAAAUUCAAUCUCAAGUGAAUUCUCUGUUGGACACUUUGGACGAGCAGUCGGUGGAAAUUGUGGCUCCCAAUCAAGACAAACAAGUGCAAAAAAUCAACGCCCUCAUUGCUUUGGUGGAGGAACCUGCUGCUGGUCAGCAACCCCUAGUCAACAAAAACCUGGACGAAAAUGAAAUGGAUCGAAUGAUUGACAAACUACUGGGUUGCGAGGAGGAAAGUGAAUCGGUUGACCACAAUUCAUCAAUUACCGAAGCAAUGUUGAGGGGAUUCGAGGAGGCCAUAAAACGGAUGGAGACUUCUCAAGAGGAGGAGGACUUGUUCGCUGAAGAGGAAACUCCCAAAGAGGAGAGGCAAUUGUUCCCAGUGUUCAUCAAAGGCGCCACAAACAAAAACCUCAAUUGCAGCUCUAAGCCGCAGAAUUUAAAUAGGCCUUCAAUACAACUGCCUAUCAAAGACUCUGGUGAGAAAGAGCAGAUGAUUUUGGACGCUGGCCAGAAACAGUACGGGCAAGUGGAGUGUCAAAAGUGCGGCUGCGUGUAUGACCCUGAUGAUCGCAAAGACGUAGAACACCAUCUUGAGUACCAUAAUAGGAAUUCUGUGAUAAUCAAACACAAGGGCUGGAAAAAUGAGCGGGUCAUUGCCUCUUACCCAGAUGGUAGCAGAGUAAUUAAGAUUGUGAAAAGUGACCCUCCGUUGUGGUGGAGGAGGAUUGAGGAGUUGCUGCCCAACAUCGAUCUUGAUUUGGGAUAUGCUGGAAGCCAAGACUUGACUGACUACAAAAACUGCAUGGUCUUCUUGUAUGUAGAGAAAAAGCAAAUUGUCGGAUUCUUGCUGGCAGAGGAGAUCGAGCAAUCAUCUCGGAUGUUAGAUGGCUCUGAGACUCUCUGCUCAGAAGAGAUAUUUCCAGUUCUUUGUGGAGUGGCUAGGCUUUGGACUGUCCAAUCAUUGCAAAGUACCCAAGUGGCGACAAAAUUGGUUGAUGCAAUGAGGGAAAACUUCUUGAGCCACAAAACUUUGAACAUGGACGAGUUUGCCUUCAGCACACCAACCAGCUCUUCAGGACGGGAGUUUGCUGUUGCGUAUACUAAAACCGAGCAGUUCCUUAUCUACUGACUGUAACGCUUUGAUAGAAUCUCAUUGAAUUUUUAUAUUUUAUGAAUGUGUAAUAAUAAAAAUCUUACCAAAAGAGUAUU